AUGAAUAGAUUGAAUUUCGACAUUCUUACUCUUAUUUUCGUUGAAUUACGAAAAGAUCACAAAUCUUUACAUUCUUUUCUUUUAGUUAAUAGAGUGUGGUGUCGUUUGGUAGUUCCUAUCUUAUGGAGAAAAUGUCUAUACACUUAUAUUGAUAUUAAAUCAUCAAAAAAACUUUCUAAUGUAAUACUCUCCUAUCUAUCAUCCUCUUCAAAACAGCUUUUAUUAGAUAAUAAUAUUAUGUUACCUUCAAUUUUUUCAAAACCUCUAACAUUCAAUUAUAUCAGUUUUUGUAAAUAUAUGAACAAUUUCAUUAUAUAUAAUAUUAUAGAUACGGUAUUUAUUCCUGACAUUGAAAAAAUUAAAAAAAGAAAUAAUUUAAAUCUCUUAAAACGAGAAGUUUGCAAGUUAUUUGUUAGUCAAUGUAAAAAUAUUAAAAAAUUGUCAUGGAAAACUUUUCAAACCUUAUCGUCAUUUCCAGGAGCUCAAACAUGUUUUUCUCAACUUUAUAGUCUAAUAAUUGAUAUGAAUUUUGUAAAUUCUGAUAGUCUUUAUGAGAUGUCACAAAUUUGCAAAGAUUUGAAUCAAUUGACAAUUUGUGGCUGUUCUCAAGAUAUCCCCGGAUUAAUUUCUUUGAUCGAUGCGCAGAAAAAAUUAAAAAUAGUAAGCAUAAUUUUUAACACCGAGAUUGAAAAGAAAAUGGAUUGUGAAGAACUAAGCAGAGUAUUAGCAAAAAAGGGUUCUACAAUAAAUAAUCUUACUUUAUGUAGCUCAGUUGGUUAUAUUUCACAUUCAUUUUUAACAUCACUCGUCAAUCUAAAAAGUUUAUACAUUUAUCAUAAUUAUGAUUAUGAUGAUUAUAAAGAGGUCAUGGAAUUUCAGCAAUAUAAUUUAAUAAAUGUAAACUUUCCUUACCUUCAAUACCUUAUAAUUGAAGGAUUGACAUGUUUUAAAGAAUGUGCAAUAUUAGUCGAAAAAACCAAAGGAAAUAUUUUGAGUGUCGAUGUUAAUACUAUUGAAAUACCUCCUAUGAAUACAGGAAUGUUGAUUAAAGUAAUCGCUAAUAAUUGUCCAAAAAUUGAAAAAUUAUCUACAUAUUUUGAAUUUGAAGAUUUGAUUUAUGUAAAAUUAUUAUUAGUGAAUUGUAGUAAUUUAACAUAUUUAACUUUCAAAAGUUUGAAUGAAAAUUAUAAUAUAGGAGAUGAAUUAGUAGAAAUUUUGAUUAAAUUCUCUCCAAAAUCUUUAACGAAAAUAACGCUUAAGGGAAAUUGGAAGUAUUCAAUUGAUGUUUUUAAUAGAUUUCUCGAAAGUUGUGUGAGGCGAAAUUAUAUUGUAGAUGCAAUAGAUAAGGUUAGAAAUCUAAUUACAAUAGGAUAUGCAGAAUUCUUUAGGGAGUACAAAGAUGAAGAAGUAGUUGAAAAUUCGAAUAUUACAUGA